UCCAGUUGAAUUUCAUGAUUCCUCCAAAAGUCCCCUCCCCUGAAGCCAGUCCAAAACCGAAUACAUCAUGUCCAAAGCAUGUGGAGUCUGGAGGGAGUGCGUCAAAGCAGGGUGAAUGCUGCUGCUGCUGCUGCUGUUGUGUGGAGCAGACCGAGGAUCUCAGCUAGAGAGCUCGUUUCAAACGCUUCUCACGUUUGCACAAACUUGCUGAGGGCAGAUGGCGUCUGGUAUUGCACGUGAACGAGACCUGCGUCACAGCUGCGGCGUGCAUCCACUCUUCUUGGCUACUUGCCUGCUGUCUCUGUCUUUUGUCCUGACUGUGAAAUCUGCUGUAAAGAAAGAACGCAAUUUCACCAUUCACUCGUCUCAGCUUACUUGCAGUUUGCCCGGGCCUCCAGGAGCACCGGGCAGCCCGGGGCCUGCAGGGCCCAGUGGGGGAGUAGGACGGAUGGGUUCACCAGGAUCUGAUGGUCAGGAUGGUGAGGAUGGGGACAAGGGUGAUAAAGGAGAGAAAGGGGAGCCAGGUCGCACAGGGAAUCCUGGAAAACCAGGACUGAAGGGUCGCCAAGGAGUUAUUGGAAGGGCGGGACCGAGAGGUCUGAAAGGCACACGGGGGGCAUCUGGUGUGCGUGGGCUGGGAGGGCUGAAAGGUGAAACGGGAGAUUUGGGUGAACCUGGGGUCCCUGGUGGAUGUGAAUGUGGGCCUCAAGCACGCUCGGCCUUCUCAGUCGCAAUUAGCAAGAGUUAUCCGAAGGAACGCACGCCCAUCCGCUUCGACCGCAUCCUGAUGAACGAAGGCGGCCAUUACAAUGCCAGCAGUGGCAAGUUCACCUGCGCAGUCCCAGGUGUGUACUACUUCAGCUAUGACAUCACGCUGGCUAACAAGCACCUAGCGAUCGGUCUUGUCCACAACGGGCAGUACAAAAUCAAGACUUUCGACGCCAACACAGGGAACCAUGAUGUAGCAUCAGGCUCGACUGUGCUCCGACUCCAGAAAGGAGAUCAUGUGUGGCUUCAGAUCUUCUACUCCGAGCAGAAUGGCCUUUUCUUCGAUCCAUUCUGGACUGACAGUCUGUUCACGGGAUUUCUUAUCUACGCAGACCAGAUUCCUCAGAGGAAUAUCUCUCCUGCUAGCUCUGGGGCCUCCUGAUGGAAGCUUUACUGAUGAUCAGAAAUACAUCUGCACCUGGUCAAGUUGAACCUCUUGAAAUUCACCACCAUUUUUAUGCACGCUACUUUCUUUAUAACAUUAUAGUUCAAAUGUUGUCUUCACAGAGCGACUAUUCACCAUUUUCAGGGAUGUGUGACAUAAAAUUUGUGUUCUUUUACUCAUUCAUUAUCUUUAUUCUCUUAUUCUAUUCUACUGUUAUUUGAUUGUCUUCUUUUCUGAAUCCUUUUCACACCAAAUUCUGUACAGUUCUUGUCAUGCACUGUUCAAGUAAAAUGCAUCCUUGUUGGUGACCAAACGGCUUAGACGUGCAGAUUUCAUGAUGCUGAAACUGGAAGCCAUGAGAUGUUCUUACACAUUAGAAACAUUAACGUCCCAUAGGAGCAAGUGUAGCAGAGCCCAACCACAUCAGCCAUCAGCAACUGAUGUUAAAGUCCUCAUUCGCACUUAUGUUUUAAAUUCCACUGAAAUACAAACUAGUCUAAUAAUGUUGGUAUUUGACAGAUAAAUGUAAGCCUUUCUAGAUGUUGCACAAUUGUGCUGCAGCAUUCUAACUGCCUGAUAAUGUUGUAGUCAAGACCACCUAAACCAAGACCAAAUCAAGACUGAGAUUUUGAGGGGUUGAGACCGAGUCAAACCAAGGCUUUGAGGGGUUGAGACCAAGUCAAGACCAAGACUUUGAGGGUUGAGACCAAGUUAAGACAAAGACUUUGAGGGGUUGAGACCAAGUUAAGACAAAGUCUUGGAGGGGUUGAGACCAAGUUAAGACAAAGACUUUGAGGGGUUGAGGUCAAGCCAAAUCCAAGACUUUGAGGGGUUGAGACCAAGUCAAGACAAAGACUUUGAGGGGCUGAGACCAAGUCAAGACAAAGACUUUGAGGGGCUGAGACCAAGUCAAGACAAAGACUUUGAGGGGCUGAGACCAAGUCAAGACAAAGACUUUGAGGGGUUGAGACCAAGUCAAGACAAAGACUUUGAGGGGCUGAGACCAAGCCAAGACCAAGAAUUUGAGGGGUUGGGACCAAGUCAAGGCUAAGACUUUGAGGGAUUGAGACCAGUGGCGGCUGGUAGUCUUUCAAACAGGGGAGGCUGGUCAGUUACGAUAUU